GGCCGUGCUCAUGACCUCGGCUCAGGAUCAUGUGGUCUUUGACGAUGUGGCCAUAUAUUUCUCCCAAGAGGAGUGGGGCCACCUUGAUGAGGCUCAGAGAUUCCUGUACUGCGAUGUGAUGCUGGAGAAUUUGGCACUUUUGUCCUCACUAGGUUGUUGGCAUGGAACAAAGGAUGAGGAGGCACCUUGUGACCAAGGACUUUCUGAAGGAGUGUCACAGGUCACAAUUCCAAAGCCAUGUUCUUUUACCCAGAAGACCCAGCCCUGUGAGACAAUUGACCCAUUCUUGAAAGACAUCCUACACCUGACCAAGCAUGAUGGAACACAUUCUGAGCAAGAGAUGUACAUUUGUGAGGCAGAGCUUUAUCAGCACCAAAAGCAGCAAAUAAGAGAGAGUCUUUUUAGAAGUGAUGAGGGGAGACCUUCAUUAGUAAAAAAUGGCAGCGUUCACAUGAGAGAGAAGACUUUCCCAUGCAGGGAGGGUGGCAAGGACUUGCCAGUGGUCUCAGGCACUCUCCAGGACAGCCUCCCUCAAAGAGAGUGGAAGCCAUACAGGGAUACUGAGGGUAUGGCUUUUCAAAGUUCACAAAACAAUUACAAAUGCAGUGAAUGUGGGAAAGCCUUCAAUUGCAAACAUUCAUUUGUUGAACACCAAAAAAUCCACACAAGAGAAAGACCCUAUGAGUGUAGUGAAUGUGGGAAAUUCUUUAGGUACAAUGCCAACUUCCUUAAACAUCAGAGAAUUCACAGUGGAGGAAGAACUUAUGAAUGCAGAGAAUGUGGAAAAUCCUUUAUGUACAAAUACAGACUCAUGAGACAUAAGAGGGUUCACACUGGAGAAAGACCUUAUGAGUGUGACAUAUGUGGGAAAUUCUUUAGGUACAGCUCCACAUUCAUGAGACAUCAGAGAGUUCACACUGGAGAAAGGCCUUAUGAGUGCAGCAAAUGUGGGAAAUUAUUUAUGGACAGCUCCACCCUCAUUAAGCACCAGAGAGUUCACACUGGAGAAAGGCCUUAUAGGUGCACUGAGUGUGGGAAAUUCUUUAGGUAUAACUCCACGCUUAUUAGACAUCAGAGAAUUCACACUGGAGAAAGGCCUUACAAAUGCAGUGUAUGUGGAGAAUUCUUUAGAUACAACUCCAACCUCAUUAAACAUUGGAGAAAUCACACAGGAGAAAGGCCUUACAAGUGCAGUGAAUGUGGGAAAUCUUUUAGGUAUCACUGCAGGCUCAUUAGACAUCAGAGAGUUCACACUGGAGAAAGGCCUUAUGAGUGCAGUGAAUGUGGGAAAUUCUUCCGGUACAGCUCCAACCUCAUUAAACAUUGGAGAAACCACACUGGAGAAAGGCCUUAUGAGUGUAGUGAAUGUGAGAAAGCAUUUAGCCAUAAACAUAUACUUGUUGAGCACCAGAAAAUCCACACUGGAGAAAGACCUUAUGAGUGCAGUGAAUGCCAGAAGGCCUUCAUUAGGAAGUCCCACCUAGUUCAUCACCAGAAAAUCCACAAUGAGGAAAGGCCUACGUGCUCUAUGAAUAUGGGGAAUUCGUUAGGUAUGAUGGCAGCUUCAUUAAACAGAGACUUCACAAUGGAGACUAUUUUCCAUUGACUAUUUAAUUGGACAGUUCAGUAAUACAUUACUAUUUUCAUAUAACUUUUUGCCUUCAGAAGUGAAACACUAU